AUGCUGGCUCAGUGGAAGCGUCAUUUCCUCGUGGUUGCUGCCUUCAUUUUGAUAUACUAUUGCGUUUUCCGAGAUACCCUAAAUUCCUCCUAUCACGGCCUUAUCUCCAGCUUCAGCUCUCUCGGUCCUGCCAACUCGACAUUAGGUUUCGGUGCGGUCUAUGUCGUCUCGGGCCUUAACUCUCCACGAAGAUUUGGCCUCGUCCAGGCGGCGAAUGUCACGGGGAUCGAUCUCACCAUCCCAACCCAGCCGAUUUGGACCGACCAUGAUGAGCGAAAAUUCUACGAAGAUGGUUUCGGUAACAUCACGACCACCACCGGCUCAAUCAGGGCAUGGCUCGCGCAUGAUUCUGUGCUGCAAGAGUUUAUCGACUCCGGGCACGAGACGGCCUUGAUUCUUGAGGAUGAUGUCGACUGGGACAUUCGUCUCCGGACCAUGCAAAUCCCUCGCGCCGCCGCCGCCAUCCGCUCGUACAGCGACCGCUUCGCCCCCAACCCGCGUCUCUCUCCGCGCCGACCCCGCGCCGCCUCGUCUUAUUACGGCGACACCUCCGCCUGGGACCUUCUCUAUAUCGGCCAUUGCGGCGACUACUUCGACGCAGUCGAGCAGUACGGCGUUGACCGCACCAUCUCCCCCUCCGAACUCGCUACCACUAACCACACCUUCUACGCCGACGCCACCCUCAUCCCCCGUAGCGACCUGCAUCCCUUCACCGCUCAGCUCUUCAACGAGCUGCACAUCACCGAGCACAUCCGCAUGGUCCACCAAUCCGUCUGGCCGCUCUGCACGUUCGGCUACGCGGUCACGCGGGCGGCGGCGAUCAAGAUCCACGCGCGGGUGGCGCCGCCGAAGGCCACGCACGAGGCGUUCGACGUCGCGAUGCUGCACGCGUGCCGGGCGGGCGCGGCAGACGGGCUGCGGUGCGUGACGGUCAAUCCGGAGCUAUUCCAUCACAUGGAAGGGGAGAGCAUCAUUUCGCAGCAGAAUCCGGAUCCGAUGGGGAUCCCGCCGGUGGAUUUCGCGGGGCUGGAGCAGACGAUGGAGAGGGGGGAGACGAGUAACAUCGGGUGUGGGUUCUGGAGUGGGGAUUUUGAUUUCGAUGAGGACUUCGAGAGGUUGGGGUACCUGAGGAAGGAGGUGGCAGGGAAAGGACGUUGUUUGAAACCGGGGAGGGGGUGA